AGAAAAAACUACAGCAUUUUCAAAACAUGCUGCAAAGGAAGCUCAUCUGCUGUUGUGCUUGGAGAACUGAUCUGUGACAAGCUGAAGAGUUCCACUGUUAAGGCCGUCUGUAACAGGACUUCCAAUGAUCUCGCUAAUGUGAUGAAGAGCAAUUUCCCAGCAUUCAAUGGGAACAGGUCAAAAUUUGAGAAACAUAUGUUGAAGUCACUUGCAGACAAAGAGGACUUUAACAACUUCAUCACCUACAUCCAAAACCCAAAGGAGCAAGCUAAGUCAUAUAUAAGAGAAGCAGUACAGGAAUACAUCUUCAAAGACAAAAAAGAGAAAGUACUGGAAAAAUUUAAGGAAAAUGUUAAAAGAGUCAAACAAGAGGUGAGUGGAGCUUUAAUUACUGCAACAGAAAAGGAAAAGAAUAGAGGAAAAGAAGGAGGCCUAAACAUGUGGGUGAAGGAAUUUGUCAGUUUGCUAAAAGAUGAGCUAACAUUCAACACGGCUUGUUGUCAAAGCUUCAGUGACAUAAAGGACUUUGACUUUCUUAAACAAGAGAUAGAGAAGGGUCACGUAUCCAUCAUAGAGGAGUUGAACAGCCUCUCCCUGGAUGAGAUCAAGAAAUUCCAGCUGAAGCCUGAGCAAAUGCACAUCGAUCAACUGGAAAGCUACUGCUGGGUAAAGUGUCCGUUCUGUUCGGCCGUUUGCACCAACACCGUAACUAAUCACGACGAGGACCACAGCGUGCCUUUUCAUCGAAGUGUGGCAGUUAAUGGGAUGCACGUAAUAAACUCUGUGGAAAUUUCUAUUGAGUUCUGCACAACAAAUGUUGCAAGUGAUAGAAGUUUCCACCCAACUGGUGAUGAAAAAGUGCUCAUUCCCUAUAAAAAGUACCGAACUGCUGGCCCACGUUUCGCUACAUGGGACAUUACGUCUGAUAAGUCUGCGCUGGAAUAUUGGAAAUGGUUUGUGAGUCGAUUUGAGAAGCAACUGGAGGACCACUAUACAUUAAAAUUCCAGAGCGAUGGUCAAAUUCCAAGUCAGUGGAAAAGAUACUCCAAGGAUCAAGCUAUUAAAAGUUUGGAUAAUCUGUGAGGAAGCCAAUACAACCACAACCCUGCUGAAAAUCAUCAGACUUGUUUUCCCUCGAUUCUUCAAUCAUCAGAGUCUGAAGAAACAACAUUCAGUGACCUUUGAUUAUCUUACCAUUGACAGGGGAAGUUGUGUGAGUUAUAAAUGUGGACAGAUCAAUUAAUUAUUACCAACUACACGUGAUUCAUGGGACACAGAUAUCAGAUCACUUGAUGCAAACUAAAACUUACAAGAAAAGAGCGUAAGAACAAUAGUAAUAUGGAGAAUCUAUCGUCAUUAAAACAUUCUCACAAUCAGAAUAUUAAUAUGAAAUCAACGACUCAUCCACAAAGUUGGUCUGUGCGGAUGUCUGUAAAUGGAAAUUGUUUUCAUGAAGUAACAGAGCAAAGAGUUGUGAGAAGGUGAGCCAUAUGUCUUUGUGAACCUGUAGGCAACAGUGAAAUUCGAUGGCUCUGGGUUAGAUGUCUCAAUGUAUAAAAGAGGCGUGUCCGUCAGUUUUAUUUUUUCUUACCAAGCUAUAGUGAUUUGCAGGCAGUCUUGCGGGCCAGAGUUAAACUCAAACGGGCCGCAUGCGGCCCGCGGGCCGCUAGUUGAAUAGGCCUGCACUAGUCCUUUAAGACCUUUGCCACUCUACGACACGUCCUUUGAGCGUCUUGUUCCUCUUCUCCUUCCUCUGCUUGUUCACUGCUGAAGAACAAAGCUUCUCCAACAAGGUUUAUAUAUACUCAACAUAAUUAUAUUACGAUAUCUGCACACAUUUUUGCUCAGUUAUGACCAUACUGUAUCCUGUAAUAGUAGGAAUAGAAUAGGUACAGUGAAUAAUAACUAUCGUAUAAUUUGUCUUUAAAUUCCUCCCAAACAUAGAUACCCUGUAAUAAUAGAAUAGGUAGCCAGUAGUUAAAACCUGUUGUGGACCUCAAACUGAAAUAGCAGAUGAUAGGCGGGUGCUUAUCUAUUUACAUAUGUUUUGCCAUGCCUCUCUUUUGUCUUAAGUUUAAUUGGAAGUAAUGAUCUCUUACCAUCCUCCCUUUGCACCUUACUUAAGGUCACAAAAUCCCAACAGCAAGACUGAAGCACAUCUUACACUAUUAGUGCCAUCUGCCAAUUUUACAUGGGGACCAAUUUUCACACAUGCUGAUCAUUUAUCUG